CUUUCUUUUCUUGUUUUUUAAAUCUUUCAGGCAUAACUUUGUUUCACUUUUAUGUGAAUCUGUUGUGGUUUUAGUAUUACCCGCAGUGGCAAGAACCCCUCUUCGUUGGAAAACAUGAGAAAGCAUGUUGUUACCAGCAUCCUAAUCCUCUUUGUAACUGAAGCAUCCCUUGUUGCUUCCUCUGCUUGCCCCAUCUAUCCACCUCUCAGGCCGCCGCCGCCAUCCCUACCACCGCCACCAUCGCCGCCGCCGCCGCCACCGCCAAUGUCCUUACCUCCUCCACCAUGGGAUAUUUCAAUACCACCCCCUCCAAGAACACCGGAAAUGUACCCCCAACCAGCGCCACCAUCAAAGCCAGGAGUCGUACCUCCACCACCCUCAGAGAUUUCUUUACCACCUCCUCCAAGAACACCCAACAUGUAUCCACCACCAGUACCACCACCGAAGCCAAGAGUCUUACCUCCACCACCAUCACAGAUUUCUUUACCACCUCCUCCAAGAACACCAAACAAGUAUCCACCACCAGCGCCACCCCGGAAGCCAAGGGUCUUAGCUCCCCCACCACCAUCACAAAUUUCUUUACCACCCCCAGCGACACCGAAAACAUAUCCACCACCACCAAAUCCAAGAGUCUUACCUCCACCACCCUCAGAGAUAUCUUUACCACCUCCUCCUCCAGGAACACCAAACAGGUAUCCACCGCCAAAGCCAGGAGUCUUACCUCCACCACCAUCACAGAUUUCUUUACCACCUCCUCCAAGAACACCAAACAUGUAUCCACCACCAGCACCACCCCGGAAACCAAGGGCCUUAGCUCCCCCACCACCAUCACAGAUUUCUUUACCACCCCCAGCGACACCAAAAACUUAUCCACCACCACCAAAUCCAAGAGACUUACCUGCACCACCCUCAGAGAUUUCUUUACCACCUCCUCCAGAUGGAACACCAUACAGGUAUCCGCCACCAAAGCCAGGAGUCUUACCUCCACCACCAGCACCAGUACCAAAGCCAAGGGUCUUAGCUCCUCCACCACCAUCUAAGAUUUCUUUCCCGCCCCCAGCGACACCAAGAACAUAUCCACCACCAGCACCACCUACGAAGCCAUGGGUCAUAAGCCCACCACCAAAGCCUUCUUCACCACCUAUUCCCGGAACACCAAAAGCAUAUCCACCACCAGCACCACUACCAAAGCCGUGGUUGUGCUCAUCUCCACCGUCGCCAUUGAAGCCAUGGCCGUGUCCUCAUCGACAAGUGGUACAUCGCCCCCCUAAAGCGACGGCAUGCCUGAUCGAUACAGAAAAGCUUCACACGUGCGUCGGCUUACUUGGCAGCCUAGGAAGGACUGAGAUCGUUGAUGGUGUUGGAGAGGCGUGCUGCCGGGGUUUUGAUGGCCUGGCCAAUUUGGAUGCCUUUCUGUGCCCAUGCACCACAAUGAGGCCAAGCUUCUAAACAGUAUACAUCGCCUUUCCUAUAGCUUUUGAGCUACUAUUAGAUUGUGGAAAGCACAUAUCAUCAGACUGCGAGUGUUCCCCUUAGGAAAAGCUAUUACUUCCAUGUACAGCUAGAUUAGCUUACGAGUGUAUGCGAUACCCAACCAGCAUGCCCGUGUGAUAUCUGGUUUUGAUGGGAAAGCUUGAAAGUGCUGCAGGAUUGGACAA